CGUUCACUCAAAUGGAUCUUCACCGUUCUUUCAUCCUCUAGGUUCUUCGACAAUCUCCCAUUUCCUUCUCUGCCAAUCUCCCUCUUCUCAUUCAUCUCUUGCGCCUUAUCCAAUUCCCCAUUGGCCUUCUUAAUUUCUCCGGCCGUCGUAUCAAGCUUCUUCCAUUUCCGGAGAGGACAAGUCCAUGUGCCCAUACUUUCACACCAUCAGAUGGAAAGCCGUCAAUUUCUUCCUCACUUAUUUCUUCUACAUGGUCAGGUAAGGCAUAUUGAUUGUCUUAAAUGUUUAUGGAAUUCCCAGUUGGUUAUUCUUGAAGUUUUGCAAUCUGAAGUUGAUUUCAAUGAGAGAACAAACAGAGUUGAUGAUAGGUAUUCAUCUUCUUAUACUGAUCAAUGAAUUUUCAAAGUAUGCAAAGCAGUACAACAGUUCAGUUUGUCUCCUGAGCAAUAUACACAUCUGCUAAUUAGUUAUUUGAUAAAUUGUUUUAAGAAAUGUAAACUUAUAAAACGGGAACAUAGAGGUCUCAUCAUUGUUCAUAUAUGUGUGUACUGUGUAUAUUAACUGCUUCUAGAUUUAACAAAUGUCGCUUGAAGACUCACCAACACGAGCUAUCAUGGACCAGACUCUGUUUGAAGCAUGGAGAGGUAAAAGACCUUGGAUGGACAAUGGCCGAGAUAUCCCAGCCACCUAUGUGUCCUUCAUCCACAGCGUCGUCCAACUUCUUCCGUAGAUAGGCUGUUGGACACAGAAAUUCUUCCAAAUCCCAGGCAUUGUUCUGGGAAUUAGGUUUCUGGCACUUAGUUUUCUGCAUUUUGGGCAUCAUUUCUCCUUCCUCUCGAGAAGACAAGAAGCAGGGUCAAUAGAGCAACAUUACUGGUGAAAUGGAAUUUUGCAUUUCUGCUGUGUGUGACCAGAAAAUGGAUUAUCCCUGUUCUGAAACAACAGUGUUGAUGGAUGAAGAGAACUGAAGCCACAAACAUCAUGAACUCAAUUGGUGUCUUGACGUCCAGUGUAUGCAAGUACAGUUUUGCGUGCAAUUCCGACUCUUCCGAGGAUGACAAUUCCACAUGGCGUGAAGUGUGUGAUACACGACGUGAUGACGAUGAGUUUAAUUAGAAAAAAUAACAAAUGUUGUUUAGAAGGAAGUCUUUAAUAAUAUGUAAACUGAGUGCUUAUUAAAAACUUAUAAUAUUUGUAAUUACUUAUUUAUUGAUGGAUACUCUCAUCCGCGUGAUAAAGUGUUGUGAACCAAAAUUUGCAUUUAUGAGUGAACAUUUAUAAAAUAUGCAUUUUACAUCCCG